AUUGUUGAAAAUUCAGUAUUUUUUAUAUAUAAUAUAUUUGUAACAAUUGUCUGAAACAAUCGAUAAUUUGAUAAAAGGGGGACCAGUAAAAAAAAAAAUAUGUAUAUAAAAGACAUUUCAUUUCUGUAUUAUUAAAGACUAUUUAUUAGGUGUGGGUCGAAAUCGUGUUCUUUCAAUCACAACAGCCUAUGUAAGGUUUAAGGUACUCAUCUUUUAAUAAGGACCACAGAAAGAAUGAGAUAAAAUUAUUUAUCUCAUUUUAUCUCCGAGGAGUAAUAACGUCGGUUAAAUCAAAGGAUAAUUUUUUAAAAAGACCAGCUUGAUACGUGUUUAUAAAUCAAUUAACCGAUGCUGAAUCUUUUGUCAAAGGACCUGCUUUUGCAACGUUCUUCGUUGCUAUAUUCUUCAAUUCGAACCAUUGUCCAGAAGUCAGUUUAUAGCCGUGGAAAGAAGAAUCUUUUUUCCUUUGGACUAGAGACAACUUCAGGUUGCUUGGCGCAAUCUUCAGGUCAGGCAAGUAUCAGUGUGAAUAAAUAUUCUACUGACAAAGAUGCUGUUACAGGUUUGAGUUAUAAACCUACAGAAGCUGUGAGUGAGGAGCCAUCUUUGAACCCAUCACCUUCAGAGCUCAGUGAAAUGGAGGUGGUUGUUGGACCUGUUGAGGAUCUCCAGCUUGGACUGGUCAAAGAAGUUGCUGUUGGAGACCAAAAGGUGCUGGUUGUUAAGGAAAAAAAUGGAGUUUUUGCUUUUGGAUCAAAAUGUAGUCACUAUGGAUUACCACUGGCCAAUGGUGCCUAUUGCAAUGGAAGGAUUCGAUGUCCUUUUCAUGGUGCUUGCUUUGAUGUGAAAACUGGUGAUAUUGAAGACUUCCCAGGACUAGACAGUCUGCACACAUUCAAAGUGACAGUUGAGAAUGAUAUAGUAAAAUUGACUGUUCCCCAAGAUAAACUGAAAGAAUUCCGGAGAGUGAAACCAAUGGUGAAAUAUUCCAGUGCAACAAAUAAGGUUAACCUCUUGGUUGGUGGAGGUCCAGCUUCUUUGAUUUGUGCUGAAACUCUGCGGCAAGAAGGUUUUACAGGUAAAAUUAUACUAGCUUCAAAAGAAGAGUGUAUUCCUUAUGACAGACCAAAAUUAUCAAAGACUAUGAGUGCAUCAGCUGACUCCUUAGCUCUGCGAAGCAAGGACUUUCUUAAAGAGCAUGAUAUUGAAUUUUUAGGUGAAAAACAGCUUGUUAAUAUUGACAGCGAAAAGAAAAAAGCAAUAUUUAAAGAUGGGACAGAGAUAAGUUAUACCAAUCUGUUAUUAGCCACAGGAGGCAUUCCAAGAUCAUUAGAGAUUCCUGGAAAUGAUUUGCAGAAUGUUUGUUUCCUAAGAACUCCAAGUGAAGCUAAUUAUAUUGCAACGGAGAGCAAAGGGAAGAAUGCUGUAAUUAUUGGGUCAUCUUUUAUUGGUAUGGAAGUCGCUGCUGCAAUUUUGGAGAAAGCCAAGUCUGUCACUGUGAUCUCUAACGCAAAUUUACCAUUCAAGACUGUUUUGGGGAGUCAUUUGGCUGAAAAAAUAUUGCAAUUACAUAUAGAUAAAGGUGUGAAAUUCCAGUUCAACACCUCACCGACAGAACUUAAAGGAAAUAAUGGCAAAUUGACAUCUGUUGUUUUAGCCAAUGGUGAGGAACUACCAGCUGAUGUUUGUGUUGUUGGAAUUGGAGUUACACCAGCAACAGCAUAUCUCGAAGGUUCACCUUUGCAAAAAAAUUCAUAUGGGUUCGUUUGUGUCAAUGAAUACAUGCAAACCAAUGUAGAAGGAAUCUAUGCUGCUGGAGACAUCACUGAGUUUCCAUUGUUUUUGAGAUCUAACGAGGGUUCCAAUGUGCAACAUUGGCAGAUGGCUCAUGCACAAGGAAAGAAUGCAGCACUUAAUAUGCUGGGAAAGAAUACCAAAAUCAGAAGUGUGCCCUGUUUUUGGACAAUGAUGUUUGGUAAAAGUAUCCGCUAUGCAGGUUAUGGAAAGGAUUAUAAUGAUAUUGUUGUCCAUGGAGAUGAUGAGAAAAUAGCUUGCUUCUACACAAAGGGAGAAGAGAUUUUGGCAGUUGCAAGUUUGAAUCAUGAUCCAAUUGUAGCAAAAGUAGCUGAGAUUAUGGCUGAAGGCAAAAUGUUAACCAAAAAUGAAGUUGUGAACAAGUCAAACAAGUGGUUGUUUAACUGAAUCAGUGAUGUGUGCCAUGCAAAGAAGAAUCUACAUUAUGAUGCAAUAGUGUUAGAAAAGUAGAACCAAAAAUAUUCCUGAAAGAAUUUCAAUUGACCAAAAUAUCUAUUUUUGUCUUUCCGAAUAUUUUACUUAAAGUAUAAAAUUACAACUUUUUUGCUUGUUGGUCACGUGUAUGCUCCUUCACUUUGGAUAUCUGAAUCAAUCCAUCCAUUUCUAUUUAGUAGCAUCCCACCUUUCACUCAUCAUCUAGCCAUUCUUGUAACUGCUCUCUCAGCAGCAACAUCAGUCUCUUCCAUUCACCCUUUGUUGGCAUUAGGAGCAGAUUCUAUCCUUUCUAUUUUCUCUCUCAGCUCAGCUUAUGUGCAGUUGUCAUCCUCUCCAUUUCCCUUCCUUGCAAAUGGUGCCCUUCACACUCUACCAUCUUUUUCAAUAUCUCUACACACAAAAACAUCCCAUUAUAUUUUAUAUAAUUGUUCCAAUUUCUGCAAAAUUAUAUAUUGUUUCAGCGAUACUAAAAUUUCUAUAAAGUUAUAUUCUUUAUUUAAUAAAAUGCCAUCCUCUGGA